CCGGCUGUGCCGACCACAUUGGACUGUCCACGCUUGCCAUGGAGGCAGAGGAGCGCCCUGCAAAGCUUCGGAAGCUUAGUUCAAACGAUGACAAAGGCUCGGCUGAAGAUGCAGGUCCUCCUCUGUUGUCACAGUUACCUGGCACCAUCACUGGCACGGUCGAUGUUCCGGCGUUGGAAAACAGUAAGCCAGAGGAGUGUGCUACUAAUAUCGAGGACCCUUCAGUGACGCGGGGAGAGGAAGACGGUCAAGAUGAUUCAGACAGUUCGGGGUUGGAUCCAGAAAGCCAACCAGACCUUGCCCAGACACCGCAGCAUCAACGACAAGAUGGCGACGCUUCGAAGCCACUGUCCAAGAACCAGCUAAAGAAACUACGAAAGCGAGAAGAGUGGGAGGCAGCCCGAGACUACCGCAAAGCGAAACGAAAACAGAAGACACAGGAGAAGAGGGCCAGGAAACGAGCGGCCCGAGAAGAGGAGGAACAGCACCGGCUCCAAAUACUGCAACAACCGUCCCUUGUUGGAGGAGGAAAUGGAGAAGAAGGGACGAAGACGAAGACGAAGCUUCCACAACCACCCCCUAAAAUGAAGUUCCGUCGUCCCGUCCCAGUCCCCAUGACCAUCCUCAUAGACUGUGGCUUCGACGAUCUCAUGAUGGAAAAAGAGCGGAUAUCCCUUGGCUCACAGCUGACACGGUCAUACUCGGAUAACUCGCGCACGCGAUAUCAGGCACAUCUUGUGAUUAGCUCCUGGGGCGGGCUACUGAAGGAGAGAUUCGAUACGGUGCUCAAUAAACAUUAUCUGAACUGGAGGAAUGUAACGUUCGUGGAGGGGGAUUUUGUCGAGGCGGCGAAGAAGGCCGAAGAGUUGAUGAAAGGCCCUGGUGGUGGGAAGUUGGUGGCAUGCUUUGAGAAGUACGCCGCUGCUGCUACCACCGCUGGCGCCGAUGGGCCGGUACCUGCUAAGAAAGCAGUAUCCGAAGAUCUCAAGCCCGCGGACACCUCGCUACAAUCCGAAGAGGCCGGGCGACCCGACACAAACGGCCCUCUCAAGCCCCAGGACACACCAGCACCAAAAGCUCCCGAAUCCGCCCAACCCGAAGUACAACAUUCUCUGCCAUCAGAACCCUCCCUACCUCCCCAAGGUGAAGUCAUCUACCUGACCUCCGACUCGCCCGACACCCUGACCACCCUGUCCCCGUACUCGACGUACAUUGUCGGCGGGCUGGUGGACAAAAACCGGCACAAGGGCAUUUGCUACAAGACGGCCACGGCCCGCGGGGUCAAGACGGCGAAGCUGCCCAUCGGCGAGUACCUUGAGAUGACGUCUCGCAAGGUCCUGGCGACGAACCACGUCGUGGAGAUCCUGCUGCGCUAUCUGGAGGAGGAGGACUGGGGCAAGGCCUUUUUGCGGGUCAUCCCCAAGAGGAAAGGGGGUAAGUUGAAGGGGGACGCCGGUGGCGAAGAGGAUGACAUCCAUCAGGAUGAAGGGAAGAACGGGAAGACCGCGGAAGCGCAGGACGACGUUGAUGCCGACGACGCCGACGCUGCUGAGGACGAUGAUAAUGAGGGCAACCAUGGUGCUGCUGAUGAUGUCCACGAGGAACCGCAAGGGAAUGGCGAAGAAGAAGAAGAAGAAGAAGCGCGACAAAGUGAAAAUGCACAGUAAGGGAGUGGGUAUGAGUCUGGAGGGAGCUGCACCAGAUAUACCGUCCGUGCUGUCGUUAGCCUCAUUGAAGGCACUGUGGGAGCAGUUUAAGGUGGAUACGCGCAGAACCGUGAGAGUUGAGGGCGGACUCGCGUUAGACACUGUACUGCAUCAUUUCAUCGUAUUCUUCUUUCUCGCCACCAGGCGGAAAUAGGCAGUCGGCCAAUUGUAUAUCAGUGACAUUCAGAUACAGCAGUCGCCGCAGCUGAACAAGAAAGAGCCGUGGAUUCCAACCCGCUUCCGUUGCGCCCAAACAAGACAUACAGUUCGCUGAAGACCAAAGCUGGCCGCUUCAUACAGAUUUACAUCACCAAGCAGCUCUC